AAUUCAUCUUUACCACCGCCAGCGCUUUUACUUUUAAAUAUCGAAACCACUUUUCCUUGCGCGCUCGUUUCUUUCGUUUAUCUUUUCUUUCUUUCGUCUCUAUCCGUAUCACCCAUCAUUUCUCUCGGUCGCGGAGGUUAGAUCUCGAAUUCAUCUCUACCACCGCCACCACAUCCACGGCUAUAAUAACGCUAUGGCCACUUCGGUUCCAUUGCUGCCUUCCGCGCCUCCGGUCUCGAUCUCGGUCUCCAGCUCGGUUUCAACGCCCGCCACGCUCUCUCCGUCGUCCGUUCCGAGCCUUUUCCGCGCCGAGGCUUUGCUCCAGUCGGCCAGCCCGGAUGCAGUGAGCGCGAAGCCCGCGUACUGCACGCCCUCGCCGGUGGAGAACACGCCUCAGAAUAACGAGUGCCGCAUGGUGGAGGUGCGCGGGGCCAAGCUGGCCUCGUUCACGGUGAACGGCAGGGAGCUCAUCUGCCUGCCCCAAGCCUUCGAGCUCUUCCUCAAGCACCUGGUGGGCGGCCUGCACACCGUCUACACCAAGCUGAAGAGGCUCGAGAUCACGCCGGUGGUGUGCAACGUGGAGCAGGUGCGCGUGCUGCGCGGGCUGGGCGCCAUCCAGCCAGGGGUCAACCGCUGCAAACUCAUCUCCAGGAAGGACUUCGAGGUCCUCUACAAUGACUGCACCAACGCCAGCUCCAGACCUGGACGGCCCCCCAAAAGGACCCAAAGUGUGACAUCACCCGAGAGUCCACACAUCCUUCCCCAUUCUGUCACUGGACUCAUGACUUCAGGCAUGAUGUCUCACACAGGUCUGACAGCUGCUACUUUAGCAGAAGCUAUGAAGAAGAAGAUUAAAAUGGAGGUGAUGAGCAGCUACCAUGGCAAUAACAACCACACAGACUCUGAGAAUGGAGACAUCAACUCCAGUAUGGCAGGUUUAGAGCUGCCGUUCAUGAUGAUGUCACAUCCCCUGAUCCCGGUCAGCCUGCCCCCUGCCUCGGUCACCAUGGCCAUGAACCAGAUGAACCACCUGAGCACCAUCGCCAACAUGGCUGCAGCCGCUCAGGCCCAUAGUGACACAUCUAGAAUGGCCACCUCGGUCAUUAAGGAGCGAGUUCCAGACAGCCCGUCCCCGGCUCCAUCCCUGGAUGAUGGCCGUAGGUCAGGCAGUCACUUGUCCUCUAGGCAGAGCAGCAGCGUGUCCAGCUCUCCUGCCCACACCGAGAGCUCAUCUGAUCGGCCACACGUGCAUCAGAAUGGUCUUUCUCUGGGUCACGCCCUGCUAGGCCUGUCUCCAAGUGCACCCCCAGGACCCAAAGAGGGAGAUCUGGCAACCCAAGACACCAGCCAUGAGACAAGGAGGACACACGUAGAAAAAGUCAUUACAGAAGAGAGCAUGCUGUGCACCCCCACAUCGCGAGAGAGCUUUGAGCGGGUUUCUCACGCUGGCCCAGCACUUCCUCCAGGCUUUCCUGCCCCGCUGCUCUUUCCAGAAGGCCUGUCUUCCAUAGAAACGCUCCUCACCAACAUACAGGGUCUGCUGAAGGUUGCUAUAGACAACGCGCGGGCUCAGGAGAAGCAGGUGCAGCUGGAGAAGACAGAGCUGAAGAUGGAGCUUUAUCGGGAGAGAGAGCUGCGCGAGACGCUGGAGAGGCAGCUGUGUGUGGAGCAGAAAAACCGAGCUCUGAUCCAGAAGCGGCUGAAGAAGGAGAAGAAGACGAAGCGGAAGCUUCAGGAAGCUCUAGAGUACGAGUCCAAGCGGCGUGACCAGGCUGAGCAGACGCUGCAGCAGACGUCCACCAGCGAGCGCGCCCGCACUCCAAACGAGCCUCCUACUCAGGAAAUGGAGACCGACCUAAGCAACGACAGGACAGAAGCAGAAAGGACGAUACCAGACGGACGGCUUUUCCUGAAGUCCACGGUGAUGUACUGAAGAUACGGGGCGGGGCUAAGGCACGCCAAUCAAUCCGGAGAGUGAAGAGGCGAGAGUCGAGCGCCUGAGUAACGACAACGAUCGAUUCAGUCGGAGGACCGGAGACGUUUCAAGGACCCCAUAGGCUUGAUGUCCAUACAUUACUGCAAGAACUUAAAGAGACGUUUGCAAAGCAUUGGAAAUCAAUGUUUUCAGCGUGCCUCUCCACAUUCUGAAGUCAAGGCAAUCCGCCUGUAUCUUGUUUCUAUUCGCGGACGCACGAGUUGAGAAACCUUUUCUAGGAUAUUUAAACCAGCCGCACUACACUGAAGACGAGAAUAUCUAAAUCAGAAGCUCUCUUUUAUACCCCUUCUGCUAUUUUACGUUGAAGUACCUAUAAAGCAUUAUUUCAUGUGUAGGGGUUUGAGUUUAUUUACUUGUUUAUCAAAUAUCAAUGUGACAUUUAACAAGAUGUGUUUGGUUUUUUUUGUGUAGUUACCAUGUUAUUUCCAAAAGGGAGGUUGUCCAUAAUUUUUUGGUUCUGUCAUUGUUCUAUGUGGGGUUUUAGCAGAUGUCUCAAAAAAAUAAAAAUGUCAUGAACAUGGAAAGUGUACAUAAAAAUGUAGAGAUAAUAUUGUGCAUUGUAUGUGGUAGAGCUCUUAGGUAAUCAAUACAAACCUCUUUAAUGAAAUAUCUUGUAUCUAAGUUAUUAUUAUUGUUAUUUUUUGGCUCCAUAAUCCAUCAUCAUACCCGACUAGGAGAGCAUGCUGGCAUGUCAUUACUUUUGUCGUGUCCAUCUGAUCUACAAUAAAGUAUUUUUUCACCUGG